UAUCUCACUCUCCUUCUUCUACAUUAUCUCUCCCAACAAAAGGAUAACAAGAUAGACACAGCGCAUAACACAGCGCGAGAGAGCAACAAUGGCUUUACUGUGUGGUUCACCAUCGGUCUCCUUCCCUUCAUCUUCAUUCACUUCUCACAAAAACGCAACCGCUAAAUCUUCCUUUGUUGGCUCCCAAUUGCCUCUUCCAACCCUUUCAUUAUCAUCAUCUUCUUCUUCAAUUCGUAGCACCCAUUUCUCUACAUCUUUCGUUGUUCGUUCUCAACUGGAUACUUCCGUGGUAGAACAAGAUCCACGAUUCAUCACUGUUGAACCUGAGCCCCGAUUCCAAGGCCCGGACAUUUGGAACACGACGUGGUAUCCAAAAGCUUCGGACCAUGUCAACACAGAAAAAACAUGGUAUAUUGUUGAUGCUGAAGAUAAAAUUCUAGGAAGACUAGCAUCAACAAUUGCCAAUUACAUUCGAGGCAAAAAUCUAGGGACUUUUACACCCAGUGUUGACAUGGGUGCAUUUGUAAUUGUGAUAAAUGCAGAAAAGGUUGCUGUAAGUGGGAAAAAGAGGACACAAAAGCUUUAUCGGAGGCACUCAGGUCGACCUGGUGGUAUGACAAUUGAGACAUUUGAUCAGCUGCAGAAAAGAAUUCCUGAAAGAAUUAUUGAACAUGCUGUUCGUGGCAUGCUUCCAAAAGGGAGGCUUGGCAGGACUCUAUUCACACGGCUGAAGGUUUAUAGCGGCCCAGAUCAUCCACAUGAGGCGCAGCAGCCGAUUGAUUUGCCAAUUAGGGAUAAGAGAAUACAGUUGCAGAGAUAAAGUCAAAGAUGUUGGAUAUGACAAACCAUUCUUAUCUAUUUAACUGAACAUGGAGCGUCUUGCAUUAGCUGCUACUUGAAUGUAUUUCAUUUGAUGUUUAUAUUGUCUGUAGGUGUAUCCAAUGUCUAUUGUCAAACUGUAAGGAUUUUCCUUUUGUACCUUUGAAUGUGAACAAGGCAUAUAACAUUUUUUGACAGAUGCUAAACUGGGAGUAACAUCACCUUAUCAAAUUAUUAUUAUUAUUAUUA